GAAGAAGCACGAUUCCGUCGGCACGAACCGUAUCUCGUGUAGUAGUAGCUACGUCUUCGCUCGUGAAUCGCUUCCGGCCAUACAUUCCGCGAUCGCCGUCACAACCGCCACCGCUUCGGCUGUUACCUCACAAACCAGCACACCAAAGUCUCGCAGUAAUCGGGUUACGAUGUUCAUGGAUUAUCCGAGUCCGAUCCGAUCGUCCUUACACCUGAAGGAUACUAGCUUUCUGGCGGCAAUCGCUGGACAAUCGUCAUCGCUCUCGAACGGUCACUCGACAACAUCACUGAACAGCGAGUGUUCAACUCUGUCACAAGAAGGUACGGUAGUGAUAAGGAACCAAUUUAAUGAAUCUACUGCCGCUAAUUCCGCCCGACCAAGCCACGCACGUUCGGUAAGCGUCACGCAACCGACCCUCAUCCAACGAACGGACAAAUUUUCCGUCACCGAAACCAAAGAUCUGCUGAUCAGCUUUCUGUUUGUGGUGAAGCACCUAUCACCGGAGCACCUGAUCGCCUGGUGGCACAACUGCACGGAAAGUGAAACGGUCCAGUUCUUUACCGUUCUCGAUCUCUGUCUGCUGUACUUCCGGUACGUGGGUAAGAAACAUGUGCAGGUGCAGGGUGAAGGAGCGAAGCAUGCCCGAGGUACGAAAGCGGCCAAAGCGAGCACACUCCCAGCCCGCGUACUCCCACCGAGUGUAUCGAAUGGAUCGGCCGUAGAGUCUACGAAUGGGUACGACUCGGGCACACUGAACCUUAAUCCGGCUACCAGGGAGAAUCUGAUUGAAGAGACGCAGCGAUUGAAGCAGGCUCUGCUCGAAUCAAAUCUUGCCACCGAGAUCGGAUUGAUCGUGCUAGAUUGUACCGGACUGUACUCACUGCAGUUCCGUGACUCGAUGCUGGAAGGACUGGUACUACCAAAAAUCGCACGCAUUUAUCUCCGGUUCCUACAGCUCGGUCAAUCGGAAUCUCUUUCGAAGCAUGUGUUCGCUGCGUUGCGCGCCUUCAUUAACAACUUCUCGCAGGCACUGUUCAAGGGAACGGCCGUCCUGUGUGGUCAACUCGUGUACGAGCUGCUCAAGUGUUGCGAUAGUCGAUUGUCCAGCCUGCGGCAGGAGGCAUGCGCUGUGCUGUAUCUGCUGAUGCGCAGUAACUUUGAGUUUAGCGGUCGAAAGGGACUCACGCGAGUGCACUUACAGGUGAUCAUCUCCGUGUCGCAGAUGAUCGGUAAUGUGAUCGGAUUGAACAAUGCCCGCUUCCAGGAGUCACUGUCCACGAUUAACAACUACGCCAGCAGCGAUAAGGCAAUGAAGGGAACCGGGUUCCCGAUGGAGGUGAAAGAUCUAACUAGGCGAGUACGCACGGUUCUCAUGGCGACGGCCCAGAUGCAGGCACAUCACAUGGAACCGGAACGUUUACUGGAGCUGCAACACUCCCUAGCCAACUCGUACGCCUCUACACCGGAACUGCGACACACCUGGCUCGUAACGAUGGCCCGGAAUCAUGAACAAAACGGUAACAUCUCUGAGGCGGCCUGUUGCUAUCUACACAUUGCGGCGCUUAUCUCGGAGUACUUGCGGUUGAAAGGUUGCUGUCCGGUGGCGAGAGGCUCAGAAUCCUUUGAACGAAUCUCACGCAACAUCCCGAGAGAUGAGCGAGGGCUCAAGCUGGACAGUGGAACGCAGGAUUCGCAGUACACCGAGCAGUUGCUUCUGGAUCAGCUGAAGGAAUGUGCGGAUUACUUGGAUCGAGCCGAGCGCCUAGAGUGUUUGGGAGAGCUAUACCGGUUGAUUGUGCCGAUCUUGGAGUCACGACGAGACUACCUCGGACUGACGCAGUGUUAUGAACAUUUGACACAGGCAUACAACCGCGUGAUCGAGUUUAAUAAAUCCGGAAAACGAUUACUGGGUCGGUUUUAUCGAGUGAUAUUCUUCGGACAGGCCUACUUCGAGGAGGAGAACGGUGUGGAGUAUGUGUACAAGGAACCGAAGGUGACUUCGCUGAGCGAAAUCUCUGAACGACUCCAUAAACAGUAUCGGGACAAAUUCGGUGCUGAUAAUGUGAAGAUCCUCAUGGACUCUUCACCGGUCGAUCAAUCGACGCUGGAUCCAAAGAUUGCUUAUAUCCAGGUGACGCAUGUAACGCCGUACUACUGCAAGGAUGAGCUGGAGAUGCGGCAGACUGAAUUUGAACAGAACCAUGAUGUGGAUACGUUUAUGUACGAAACACCGUUCACGAAAUCCGGUGGUGCUCACGGGGCCGUAGAGGAUCAAUGGAAAAGACGCACGGUUUUGACGACAACUUACAGCUUCCCGUAUGUGUUGAAACGUAUCCCGGUGCGUGAUCGGCAGAUACAUCAACUCAGUCCGAUCGAAGUGGCCAUUGACGAGAUGCAAACGAAGAUUGCCGAGCUGGAGGAGAUCGUACUCGGACCGAUCGAUCUGAAAAAGCUACAGCUUCGACUACAAGGAAGUGUUGCUGUCACGGUAAACGCCGGUCCUCUAGCGUAUGCUUCAGCUUUCCUUGAUCCAGCAAAAACAGCCGUCAAGUAUCCGUUCGAUAAGGUGGAGGAGCUGAAGGAAGUGUUCAGGGAUUUCAUCAAGAUCUGCUACACGGCACUGCAGAUCAAUGCUAACCUUAUCUCAUCCGAUCAACGCGAGUACCAUAAUGCGUUGAAGGAGAACUACGAGAACCUUUGCUCGGCGCUGAGCGAUCUGCUCGGUGAGAUCGUUUAUCCGUUGGAUGAGGGAAACAAUAAUGCUCAUCGCCAUAGUCUAGCCCUAUUUAGCGCCAUCAGUGGGGCUCCAACCAACUCCAGCACAGCCUAGAUCAUAGGUUAUCGAUCGAGGUAGAAACAGCUUAACCUAUUGUGAAGAGGAAAGGAUAUCGUUAAGGUACACAAUCAAUGCAUUCUGCUCCUAUUUCUGUGAGAUCAGCCAGGAACGAUAGACGGCGAUGAUUUGAGACGAAAAGGGUAAAGAUACACUUGAAAGAAAGUAGGUAUUCUUUCAAAUCACAUUCAUUCAAAUGAAACACACAAACGGGAACACAAAAUGGCAACAAAAACGAGGAACUAACGUCGAGUGCUCUCACCACACAAAAGCAGUGCUCAAAGUUUUAUGGCAUCACUCACUUUGCAGUGUUUCUAGCAAUCAUUCUAAAAACAUACUACUGUUGGAGCAACAAACACUUUGUUUUGUGGAAAAAGCAAACUAAAAUUUAUCUCCGUAAAAUCAGCACUUGUUUCACGAAAGAGCAAACGCUUAGCUACAUUCAUUUAAUCAUGUUACUCAAACGUCCGCCUAGCGGAAAAACACUGGUUUUAAAUAUUUCAAACAAAAGCACUUUGUUUAGUGAUCGUUGGGCACGCCCUGAAGCAUAGCUCCACAUUUGCUCACUUAUCUUUAUUCGGGAACGACAUAUAAAUUUAACCAUUCAAUCACAUUCAAAUUAAAAAAAAAGAAAAAUACCAAACAAGCGCUCAAUGCUCGCGCAAGCGGCUACUACCUCUGUCUGAGAGUGUGCGGCUUUGGCGUGGGCUUGUCGAUUGGCUUUGGGCUUUUCAAAUUGGAACUUACCUCGCAUAACUUAGUUUCAGUUUUUGUGGUCCUAUUUGUGUAAUUUCGGGGAAAAACCAAAUCCCCAUGGUGUUGGAGGGGGCAACGAAGGAAAUGUGUUGCGUCGUCGUUCCCUCGACCUCGACGCGAAAUCACUAGCGUAGCUCAAGCAACCGCCAUUGUACAUAUUAGGAUGAAGAGAGGAGUUAUCAAAGAACGUUAAGGUAUCGUUCAGGAAACAACAUACGUUUCUUGUAUUGUGUUAAAUGUUUACGUGCUUUUAUGUCGAUGUUAACAUAUUUAUAUGAACAACUGAUCAAUUCUUGCUAACGCUAAGCUACUACACUACGGCUGUACCGUAGUAGUAAUAGAUUCUUUUGUAGAUGAUAUAAUCAUUUUCCAAUCGGGUAUGCUUGUUUCGUGUUGUUGAUCUUUGCUAGAUUAUGAAUCUAAACCUGUGUAUAUGUUUCGCCAGAGAUAAAUCGCUAGAAGGGCUAUCAACCGUUUAAGUCUAGCAUCACACUUCAGACUUCUUAAGAGAAAGACUUACAAUCAACAAGAUAUCUUACAAUUCUAAUGCAAAUGAUACCAGAGAGGAUGAUUACAAUGAGCUCAAUUUAACCCUAGACAACAGACAUCUAUUUGGAAUCUUUGCACCUUUUCUAACAAUAACCAAGUCAGGCUCAAACUGUAUCUUUUUCCCAAUGAUAUCUAGUAGAUUUCAACGUUAUACAUGAGUUAUUUUUAAGAGAUAAAAUCGUACUGUGAAAAACAGGACCUUUGCAGCAACUUAUCCCUGAUGAAUUGUGUUUCAUGGGCAAACAGUAAGGCACAACACCAGUAAAAAGGCAGUCGCUAGUUUCAACUCAUUUCGAGUUUCAGUUCAUUUAAGAACCGCUGCUCUAAUCUCUGAUGGCGCAAUGAAACGGAAGGCUAGAUCGAAUGAAGAAAACUUCUGCCAAUAACCAGAUUUUAGUUUAGUUUUAAGAUACUAAAUUUAUCAUGUAUAUUCAGUCAUUGAACAUGUGCAUGAGCAUAUGCUGCUUUCAUGCACAGCGAGUAGGAGAGCGAAUUUCAUUAUCUGCAUAACGGCAACACAUGACAGAAAACCGUAAUUCGUUGAACGAACAGAAAAAAAUGGCUUCCCAUCGAAAGGCAACUCUCGUUUCGUUUAGUGUGUAAGCUGUGUAUGUUCUUAUUUGUGUGUUUUCCAUAAGAAAAUCUCUGUCACUCGAGACCGGAGACCCCGAGAGAAAGAGAGACAGUGGUCUUCCAAUGGUUAAGACGCUAGUCAAUCCUUGAACUUGCGUUGUAUCGUUACAUUUCUGUGACGAAUGGGUAACAUUUGCCGUAAACAUAUUUAAUUGUAUAUAAUCUCUCAAAGUUAUCGUUGUUUAAAGGUGUUUAUGUAUUGUGCUGUAUUUGAGGAAUAUCGGUUCCCUGUAAAGUACUUUUGAGGACCUGCUUAUUGUACACGUUUAAAAUUUUGUAGAUUGAUUGAAACAAUCCUAUCAGGUAUGUGCGUCUCAUUGUUAUUUUGUCAGGACCAAUUGAAUGAUCUGCUCAGCGGUUAAGCUGUUAUGGAAAGGAAAAUCAAAUAACAAUCCUCAAUAGCUUAACAGAUUAAUUCUUGUAUUUUUUGUGUAUUGGCUGGAUGAGGCGGUAGCAUAGCCUUUGUUGGCCUGGCCUCCGUUGCUCUGGUACUCGAAUCAUACUCUAUCGCUUAUCCACACGCCAAAUGUAUGCAUCGCUAUUCCUUUGUUAUCUUAACGGCUCCGCUCAUGCUAUUUACUUAUAUGCAAGCAGUGUGGCGCCUGUAAGGGCUCCAUGACACAAAUUACUCGAAUCUCAACUUCUUCUCAAACAAACAAAGAAUAAAGCAAAAUAGAACGAUGUGAAUGCCAGCAAAGCGCCACCAGGAAUGUUCUCCUACGCGAAAACUACUCAGCUAGCGUUUAAGUAGGUCAUAUACAUACACAAAUAUAUCGAAUAUGUAUCUUAUACACAUUUUAAAUCCAUUUACACCUGUACCACCUUAUAAUGGUCUUACUACUAAGCAAAACAAAGCAUAAAACAAAGUGAACCAAACUCUAGACGAAUUGUUCGAAAUUAAAUCAGCCGCGCAAACAAUGGCAUCGGCGUUGCAAGUACUGCAACGUGGUACGUAAUGGCUGCCAUUGGAGUCACCGGCACCUAACAGCUACGCAAGGUGUCUGUGUGUUUGAGUGUGUUAUCAAAUAAACAAUAGUAGAAACAUUAAAC